AUUGCCUGCUGCCUUCUCCGUGCCCAUGACGCCUAAGACGAAUUCACCUCCAUCUCCCACCCCACGCUCCCCGUUUCGAACAGUUCCGAAGUCGCUCUUAGUUGCCCGUCAUGGCCGAUACACCUUCACAUGACGACCCGACCCUAUCGGUCCCUGUCUCUCCUACAUAUCCGCGCCAUCAUUCUAGAAGAAGCAGACGGCAUUCACUAUCCGAAGCCCCAGACGAGAAUACCGCUCUUCUACGCCCUUCGCACUCCCAUGUCCGUAUACAAAGUCCUAUAGGCAACCCAAGGAUUUCCCUAUCGAGAAAUCAUAGCUAUGUCGGGACACCCCAUAGCUCACGAUAUCAUUCGCGGCACGAGUCGUGGGGACAGCGAUUGAUACAGGCCCUUUCUGAUCGCCAGGAUCCAAUGACAGAGUCGAAAAGCUCUCUCCUUGCCGACGAUCGGAUAUGGUAUGAUCAAUUCACCUCGACCGACUGGGUACACGACAGUAUCGCAGACGCAUAUCGAGUAAAACAGUUGCGUAGCCGUAAGGACUUCGUAGGCAGACUCAUCGUAUUGUUUGAUGGUGCUCAGGGCUGGGUACUAAGCGCCUUGGUUGGCGUUCUGGUAGCUCUACUCGCCUAUUGUGUUAACGUGGCCGAGACUACCAUCUUCGACUAUAAAGACGGUUAUUGUACGCGAGGAUGGUACAUAAGGGAGAAGAGAUGUUGUCCCCAUGGCCCAUGUACGGAUUGGCGAUCUUGGUCGGAGGUUCUCGGCGGCCAUCCGUUCGGCAACAAAUGGACAGAAUUCGGAAUAUAUGUUAUCGCCGUCCUUGUUCUUGCAGUUUCAUCUUGCCUACUUACUCUAUCGACUAAAACUGUGGUUCCUUCGGCUUACCGGAUGUCGACGUUGGAUGAGAACCUGGCCGCCGACUACUCCCGUCAACCGCCAGACGAUAACGACGAGGACGAUGACGGGAAUAUAAGCCCAAGACAGGUCCGUCAGGACGUCGAUUCUCCAGCUCCGAUGAUAUACUAUUCCGCAGCGGGCAGUGGUGUAGCCGAAGUUCGUGUGAUUCUUAGCGGAUUCGUGUUACACGGCUUUCUUGGCUUAAAGACUCUUGUCAUCAAAUCGGUAGGAUUGAUCUUGAGUGUGGCUUCAGGCCUGAGUCUUGGUAAGGAGGGUCCCUAUGUCCAUAUCGCUACUUGUAUUGGCAAUAUCUGCUGUCGAAUUUUUACCAAGUACGAUCGUAAUGAUGGCAAAAGGCGCGAAGUACUGUCAGCCGCAGCCGCAGCGGGCGUUGUUGUUGCAUUCGGAGCACCUCUUGGCGGCGUCCUCUUUGGUCUUGAGGAGGUCGCCUAUUAUUUCCCGGCAAAGACGCUUUUCCGUACAUUCUUCUGCUGCAUCGUCGCAGCGCUGUCUUUGAAAUUUCUAAAUCCCUACGGUACACAUAAGAUUGUUAUGUUCGAGGUCCGCUAUAAGAUCGACUGGGAAUGGUUUGAACUGGUGGGCUUCAUUCUAGUGGGGGUAUUAGGUGGCGCUUUCGGGGCUUUGUUCAUCAAGGCAUCGCGUCGUUGGGCCCUAUCUUUCCGUAAGAUCCCAGCUAUUAAGAAAUACCCGCUUCUAGAGGUUGUUCUGGUUGCUCUAGUGACAGGACUUAUCGGUUAUUGGAACACUUUGACCAAACUUCCGGUCGCGAAGCUUUUGCUCAAUUUGGCUGCUCCUUGCCAGGACGACAGCAGAGAUGACGAGUUGGGCCUCUGCGCUGAAAGCAUCGACGAUAUACCAGGUAUCAUUCGAAUGUUGCUCGCCGCUUUUGUCAUCAAGGGAUUCCUAACAACCAUCACGUUUGGCAUUAAAGUCCCCGCAGGAAUCUAUGUCCCUUCCAUGGUUGUCGGUGGUCUUAUGGGCAGAAUUGUCGGUCAUCUGAUGCAAUGGAUAGUACUUCGGUUUCCGCACUGGAGCAUAUGGGGAAGUUGUCCCCUCCUCCAAGAAUCGACGUGUGUCCAGCCGGGCGUGUACGGACUCAUCGCUGCGGGCUCGACGAUGUGUGGCGUGACAAGAUUGUCCGUCACCCUCGCCGUCAUUCUUUUUGAGCUUACAGGAAGUUUGGAUUAUGUCCUCCCCUUUUCUUUGGCUAUUCUUGUCGCCAAAUGGACAGCCGAUGCCUUAGAGCCGCUCAGUAUCUACGACUUGCUCACAAACAUGAACGCUUAUCCAUACCUGGACAACAAACAUAAGCCCAUCUUCACCUCCGAUCUCGCGGAUAUUGUCCCGCGCUUUCGUCAUGAGCGUGUCAUCGAUAUCAGCAGCUCGCCUUUGGUUGCGGCGACAAAACUUCGUUCGAAGUUGGAUCUUCUCCAUCGAGCUGGAGAGUUAGAUGGCGGGCUACCGAUACUCAGAGAUAACAUCCUUGUCGGCUUGAUUCCUGCCCCCGACUUGGAAUAUGCCUUGGAUAAUCUCGAAGAUGAGAGUAGUAGCCUCUGUCUUAUGGCGAGUGUACCCAGCAUAGAUGAGGAAGAAUCCCCGGAGCGAGACCCUACAGACUUCACGCCUUAUAUAGAUCCCGCGCCAGUCGCUUUGGACAUCAAAUCGCCGAUGGACCUGGUGUACGAGUGUUUUGCUAAACUCGGUCUACGGUAUAUAUGCGUCCUCAAAGAUGGCCGUUAUGCGGGGAUGACCCACAAGAAGAGAUUCGUGAAGUACAUGCGCGAACUCGAGGAAAAGGAACACGGACUCUAAGCGGCUUUUUCUUAUGAGGAUAG